CCACUGUACACCUUAAUAUGUAGUAGUAAGUAAUUUUAUUUUCCUUUAUGUUUCCUAUUUGACCAGAAACUUUCUGUUAUUUUUCCGAUCUGCUUUUUUCUCCAAGAUUAGAACUUUCCCUGCUUAGAUUCAAUGAGAAAGAAUAUGGGUUUUGCUACUUUGCCCUUCAACACUAAUUAGAUACAUCAUCGACUUCAUUCUUCAAUCUUGAUCUCCAGUAGUUUUGGUGACACCUCAUUUUGAUUGUGUCAGGUCAGCUUUCGCACAAUUCAACUAAAUCCAUAUAUACUUGCCACCUCCCACCUCCCGUCAGCAACAGAUUUCAGGUACCGUCCAUCAAGACAGGACAGAUGGAAAGAAGCACUAGUGUUUUUUUCUCUGAAGGGAUUUAUUCCAUCGUUUUAUGAUUUUCUCUCUUUAAAUUUUGCAUAAUCUUGGCUAAUUCUUUAGCUCAAUCGCGAUUGCUUUGGUUCUUGAAGAAAUCUCUUCAAAAAUCUAAGUUUUUUUUGACUUUUUCAGAGUUUGAGUGACUAGCUAGUAUUUUUUAUGUGAUAUUUAGUUUGUUAGAAAAUGGGUUCAGUGAGAAAAGCAGUUUACUAUUGUUCAGUAUCUAAAGGGGUCCAACUUAUAUAUACAUAUAAUGGUGGAGAUCACGAGAUUGAGAAUUUGGCUGCAUUGUGUUUGGAAAGGGUUCCUCCUUUUCAUAAAUGGUAUUUUCAAACUAUGGCUAAGAAAACUUUUGGGUUUUUGAUGGAAAGUGAAGGGUAUGUUUACUUUGCUAUUGUAGACGAGGGUCUUGGUAAUGUAAAAGUUUUAAGGUUUCUUGAACAGUUGAAGGAAGAAUUUAGGAAAGUGGCAAAAAAGGGUUCGUGUUGGACUAUGUCGAAUUUGAAUUCACUUUGCUUACAAGGAGAUCUAGUUCCUGUUAUUUCACCGUGUAAUGAUGCUAGUAGGCAAAUUGAGGGCGGUGCUUCAACAAAUGCUUUGUUGUUGGGAAAGCAAAGUAGAAUAGAAAAGAAGAAAAUGAAUGAUCAUGUAAUUGCUAUGAGAGAUGCUGAGGUGGAGGAGCAUCGGAAAUCUACAGAACUAGUUAAGGUUGAUCCAGGAGUGAUAGAUACGAGCGAUCAAGGUACAGCUGUUUCUCCAAUUAUGUCACAGAAAGAGUUGUGCUUGGUUAGGAGCAUGACAAGCUCUCAGAACUUUCAAAAGAGGUGGUGCCGCCAUGUACGUGUUGUUCUUGCUAUUGAUGCUGUGGUAUGUCUCGUGUUGUUUGUGAUCUGGUUAAUUAUUUGUGAAGGUACAAAAUGCCUUCACUAAAGUUGUUCUGUUGUUACCUUAUCUUAAUGCUUGGAGCCAAGGAGGUCAUUGUUCUAGCCUUUUGAAAUACUUCAGCAGUGCAGUAUUGCGUCACGAUAGGCAUUUCCGAAGAAAGUGGAUAAUGAAAUUAACAAAUCAAGAAACUUUUAUACUUAUAUCAAGUACACGUUUCAUCAAACUACUGUUAGAGACUCAUUUUUUGUACAGGAAUCACCUUGUUUAUGGAUAGAGUAGGGGAUGCAGUAGAUUACAAUCGAUGUGAGGUUCUUGUUGGCUAUUAGAGUCUGAAGUUUGUUGCAGCUUUAUUGUUACGUCAUGUAAUUACCACAUGAGUGCUUCAUUUAAAUAUUUUUGUGUUCUUUUCCUAUUGGACUGAGACGUGUAUAAGUGGAGAAAUAUGGAGCUGAUCCCAACUAGCUUGGGAGUGAGGCAUAUUAGUGGCUGUAGUAGCUUUUUCUUUUCCGUUGCAUCCUGUGUAUAUACAAAUGCCUGGUUACAUGUAUUUCUGUUACGUUCUUCAGUUAAAAGUUUGCUUAGAAAUCAAAUACUGCAUUUUUCUA